AUGCAGGCGAUCACAAGACGGUUAGGGCAGCAAUAUUUGAGGCCAACGCCUUCAACCUCUUCUAUUAAGUCUAUAUACCCUCUCUCCGAUCACUAUUAUGGAGGUGAUCAUCCGCGAUACGAAUCUACAUUGGCCGCCCACAAGGGCGUGGGCCACCUCGUUCGCAAGGGCACCGGUGGCCGAUCCUCCGUUAGUGGCAUUAUAGCUACAGUUUUUGGAGCUACCGGAUUCCUUGGUCGUUAUCUUGUGCAACAGCUUGCUAAAAUGGGAUCUCAGGUGUUAGUUCCUUUCCGAGGUUCUGAAGAUAACCCCCGUCAUCUCAAGUUGAUGGGAGAUUUGGGACAGAUUGUGCCAAUGAAAUACGAUCCAAGGGAUGAAAAUUCUAUCAAGGCUGUGAUGGCAAAGGCUAAUGUUGUUAUCAAUCUUAUUGGAAGAGAGUAUGAGACAAGAAACUAUAGCUUUGAGGAGGUAAACCAUUUCAUGGCAGAACAACUGGCAGUGAUUGCCAAAGAACAUGGUGGUAUCAUGAGAUUUAUUCAAGUUUCUUGCUUAGGGUCCUCUGUGUCAUCUCCAUCAAGAUUUCUAAGAGCUAAGGCUGCUGGAGAAGAAGCUGUUUUGAAAGAACUUCCUGAGGCUACUGUAAUGAAACCUGCUGUAAUGAUUGGUACUGAGGAUCGGAUCAUGAAUCGGUGGGCUCAGUUUGCAAAGAAAUAUAGUUUUCUUCCUCUCAUUGGUGAUGGAUCUACCAAAAUCCAACCUGUAUAUGUUGUUGAUGUUGCUUCUGCAAUUGUUGCGGCUUUGAAAGAUGAUGCCACCAGCAUGGGAAAAGUUUAUGAGUUGGGUGGGCCAGAGAUCUUUACCAUGCAUGAACUGGCUGAGCUUAUGUACGACAUGAUCCGUGAAUGGCCACGCUAUGUAAAAGUACCUCUACCCAUUGCAAAGGCAAUUGCAACGCCGAGAGAGUUAUUACUCAAGAAAGUGCCAUUUCCACUUCCAAAUCCUGACAUCUUCAAUCUGGAUCAGAUACAUGCAUUUGCGUCUGAUACCGUUGUCUCAGAAAAUGCUUUAACUUUUAUGGAUUUGGGUAUUGUGCCUCAUAAGUUGAAGGGAUACCCGGUUGAGUAUCUUAUCCAGUACCGUAAGGGUGGUCCACAAUUUGGGUCUACAGUCAGCGAAAAAGUUAAUCCAGAAUAUUGGCCUUAAUUUUCGAGUAGCAAGAUAUAAUAAAAUUCAUAUACUUGGUUGUUAAUCACUCUGUACAACAUUUGCAACUCUGACUUUUUCUGUGCCAUUUGCUGGUUAACUAAUUAGUGGCAUCAUAGGUUUGCUGGGA